AGACGCAGACGUUAGCGGCCCAUCUAAAUAUGGAACGGAUGGUUGACGGUCGUGUUAGUGAUGUCCUCCGUGUCGUUUGUCCGCGGUCCCUGCAGUUAUGUAAUGUCCCUUUGAGGUCCGCGUCGGCACGUGCACAAAUUGCACGUCGUAGUUCCACGUAGCUAGCUCGGCGCACGUCGACGCGCACGCGGUAGCACUCUGAACCCCAGUUUCCUAGCAACACGUUGUUGACGCCACUGCUGACCUAAUGAAUACAAAAACACAUGAUGGCGCCGAUGCGUGGCGAGCGCGGCGGAUCGCCGGCUCGGGCCGCGCGCGCCUCCCUGCCCUUACCUCGCCGGUUGAUCCGGCAGAUCGCCCGCCAUGUGGCUUCCAGCGGCCGUUCGCUGCGUCGCCUGGAGGUCUCCGGCAAGGUCAUCGACAACUUCGACGACAUCGACGACCCAUCAGAUGAAUCCGACAUGGAAACACCGCAGCCAGCCAGGGUGGCAUGUGGUAACGCCGGCAACCUGCCACCCGCAGACCACGAUGAUGACCUCACCAGCCUCAGCUGGCUGCAGGACAGGAACCUACUCAGAGGGAUCAACCUCAGCAAAAAUGAUCUGGAAGAUACAAAGACGAUCACCAGUCAAGUUGUUCUUAAGCAGCCAGAAGCGAAAACCCCGCCCCCAGUGAUCCGCAUCCCCUCUCCCCCGCGCACGCCCUGCAAGGCCCCGCCCUCUCCCCCCACCGCGCACACCAAGCCCCCCUACUCCUUCUCCUGCCUCAUCUUCAUGGCGAUAGAGGCUGCGCCCGCGCGCGCUCUGCCCGUCAAAGAGAUAUACGCCUGGAUCAUACGACACUUCCCCUACUUCAAGCACGCCCCACAAGGAUGGAAGAAUAGUGUAAGACAUAACCUGUCUCUCAACAAAUGCUUCCAUAAGGUGGCUGCCGCCCCCGGACUCGGCAAAGGUUCACUAUGGACAGUGGACCCACAGCAUCGUUCCACGUUAUUGCAGGCGUUCGGUCGACAGCCUGUGCCACCCGCGGAGGCGGAGUGCGAGCAGACAGUGGCGGGAACAGUAGUUGUGCCGGGGCCGGAGGCGGGGGCGGUGGUGGUGCCAGUACAGGAGGCGGGGCAGACUGCGGGGGCCAAGAACGCGCCCGACCCGCAGCUGUUCCCGCACUUGGCGCGCCGGCUGGCGGCAGACGCGCGCAGCGAGCCCAGCGCUGACGAGUACCUCGCCGCCGCCAGCGUGCUCGCCAUGAAAUAUGGCCCCGCCGUGCUCGAUCAGCUGCCGCCUGCUGCGCACCUGGUGAUAUCGCGGUGCGCACGCGACGAGCACUCGUACAGCGGCGGGGGCGGGGAGGAGCGGCGCACGGCGGAGGCGCUGCUCAACCUGGCCGGCGUGCGCUCCGAGCCCGCGCCCAGCUAGCCUACGUAUGCGCACGCGCACGCGCAACACCUUGUAUACACCCUUCUGUAAACCUUCCACAAUACUCCGACAGACAUACAUCGCACCCUUAUAUCACUCUACAACUAGCGUUAUACCUAAAAGUAGCCUAUUAUAUGCCCGCGUCCAUAAGCUAUUUUCCUAUCGAGAGUCCCAUCAACAUCGGUUCACCCGUUCCGAAGGUACCAAGAACCAACGCGGCUUUGCGGUCAUACAGACAGACUAAUUUAAUAAACUGGUCUUUCGUUAUCAGCAACGUGGUAGUACAUAAAGACAAUUGAAUUGUAUGUUAAUUUUAUGUCGUAAUUUUUAUAAACAAUAUUUCUGGUUUGUUUUCUCGAUUAAUUAAGGGUGCGAUGUAUUACCACUAAAGUUAAAAUGACUUAAUACGCAUAAUAUUACUUUUUUUUCGUCUGACGGUCUACUCUCCUAGUUAAGACAAGGACUACGAAUUCUUUUGUUUUCCACUUUAAAUGAUUCUAUAAGGAUUUAUUUCGUUAAAUUGAGUUAAAAUUGGUUAAUAUUGAAUCUAACGUUUACAAUUAUAUAAAACUGAUUAUUUGAUAUUAGUUAAUUUGCAUGUAACUUUGGCGGUUACAUUAUUUGUGGAAGGUAUUAUUAUGUAAAAGAACAUCCUAUAUAUAAAAAUUAAUUUACGUCUAGGCUAUUACAUCUUGUUUUUUGUUAAAUUUAUAAAAUAAUUUCGAUAAUCUAUGUAGAAGUUAACCUAAACAUCACAGUAUGUCAUUUGCGUUUAAUCUUUGUUUAUAUUACAUGCUCAAUGUUUAUUUAGGACAAUUACUUAGUUACCUUUUUAAAAUGCGAUUUUCUUUGAGAAAUAAUUUAAUAGCUUGGGCAUAGCUCAAGUUUAGUUGACGUCGUUCUUAGAACGAAUACUCAAAUGUUCAUCGCUUCAUAAAAAAUAAGUAAAAUAGUUUGAAAUGUGUAUAGGAAAAGUUUACCAUACUCUAGUCCAAUAAAGACAAUCUUAUUUCGGUUGCGAUACAGACUUUGAUGUUUUAAAUAAAUUUAAUAAUAAAAAUUAGACAAUUUGAAACAUCCUGUAUAUUAGAUCGAGAUUUCUCAAACUAUUUCCAUUCAUUUUCUUUACGAUAUCACGAGAUAUUGAAAUGUCCUCGAUUACUUUAGUGAAAUUUUCAAAUAAAAAAAAAUAACAUCGUUUAAAGAUUAUUAAAAUGAGGACGAAUUCGAUAGUACAUACAGUAGUAACUUUAGUGAUAGAUGUGAUAAUACUUAUUAUGAAUUAUUAUUUAAAAAUAAAAAGAAUGGAAAAUAGUUGAAUAGGUUCCGCAUUUAGGAUUCCCCAAUUUACUAUUAGUCAAACAAUAUUCGUUUAAGAAUACAUUAAAGUAAGUAUAAACACCGGUGUUGCUUUCCGUCUUUCUUUGCUGAGUAAUUGAAUUUUGAUGCCGAGUGUUGCCAGAAUGUUCCCCAUUUUUUCAGCAGCGGGAAUGUUAUGAAAUGUAGGUAAUAAGCUAUUUAUAAUUAUUUAAAUUAUUUCGCUUUCUUAUAUUAAAAUAAUUAUAUGGGAAUGGUGGAAAUUAUAUUAUUCUAAACUGAGCAAUAAAUUUGUAAACAUUUCCUUUGUGUGAUCUGAACACAGACAUAUAAAUGUAUACAGGGCGUUCAAAAAUAUAUCUUACCACUUGUUCGUGUUUAAAUGGUGAUAUCUUAUAUAUAUUAAAUGUAAUUUAUAUAUUUAAACUUUAUGAAUGCACUAGCUAUAAGCAAAAUGUAUUUUGUGUUCAUAGACCUUGUGAUCGUAUCAGGCUAUUUCUUACAUCUUCUAAUGUUAAGUGUAAAUCUCUCGCUAUUCUUAACUUAACAACAUAUAAUUAUGAUAUUCUUCUUUUAUAUAUGUUCAAUUGAAUUGUUUGUACCGCUGUGUCAGUUUUGUUGUAUUUAUCACAUUUUUAAAGUGUAAAGAUUCGUAAUUUUUUUGACUAGUAUGGAAGUAUGUUUAAA